GGUCGGUACUCGCGGGAUCGCAUCUGUCCCGACUCCGACGGUUUAAGAUUUCCGCGUCCGACGAAGAUGACUCGAUGUGAACUUGUUGAUAUACUCCGUGACUCUCGCGCCUGUGUCGAGCCAUGUACUGGCCCAACGGAGUUCCCCGGGUCUAUGCGAUCAAUGGCCCUGCAAUCCCGGUUACAAUCUCCGAAGAUGAUGAUUCAAUAGAAUACGAGAGCUCUGCGGAGCAGGGCUUGUCGUUGAGAGAAAAUGAAGCCGACAAACCGACGGGGACGACGGACUCGGCCUGGGCGGAUGAGCCCAUUACGGGGCUUUGCGUUUCCAGGAGUGGGUUCAUGUUUGCGACGAUGACUGAUUCAUCAAUUGCUAUAUGGCAGACUAGACCCACCGCUGUUGUAGCUGCGGUUGCUCGGUCCGCGUCUUCCCUGGAGAACUAUGGGCCUAAUGUAGCUCUCCUGAUGCACCCGGAUUCGACCAUUCUCGUUGCUCAGACGCUGAAUGGAUACCUUUUGACGUAUACGAUUGCUGUGGGCCCUACCACUCGUGUGUAUCAACACCACUUCGAUCAAACCAGUUCGACUCGCCGUCAGCAGCUUGCGCGCUUAACAGCCGAGGAAGAGGCCACUGGGAUUCGAGAUGUCAGCAUUCGCUUUAGAAUGGCGAUCAAGAUAGAGUCGGGCAUUGCGAAAGCCCUUGCGUUGGACAAUGAACUCGUCGUCGCCACGGUGAAGCCGGCUGCCAUUCAGUGCAUUCGGUGGAUGCCUGAUGCAGACGGCUCACAGACCCAGUCUGAGCUUCUGAGCCGUAUCCUGGGUGUGUCCAAGCGCACAUCUAUUACGGAUAUGGUGUAUGACCGAGCUAUCAAUCUGCUAGUAUGGAUUACCAACGAAGGUCAGGCGUAUGCCGUCCAGCGCACUCCGGAAGGCACAACGGAUUCGGAGACUCCCAAGAAGCUAUUCCAAGGACAUUGCUUCCACAAUCCUGAGGAUGAGGGCACGAAAGCCAUGAAGGUUGCGGUCAAUGCCCGCUUCUCGCUUCUUACUGUCAACUGCGCAAACGGCGAUAUUCUGGUAUACACGGCUAAGGACUACAUGGGGAAUCUUCCUCUCUCGCAUCGGCUUCAACUACCAGCUUCCCUUGCUACAACUGGUAAUCUGUCGUUCAUGUCCUAUUCGCCCGACGGCUAUUGCCUCUUUGCAGGCUAUGAGCGUGGAUGGACGACAUGGAGUGUGUUUGGCAAGCCCGGUGGGACCAGCUUCACGGCAGAUCGGACUCUUGCCAAGUCGAACGAUGAGGACUGGGUGACUGGGGUAUCUCACGGCUGCUGGAUAGGCGGGGGAGCUGAAAUCAUCCUUACGGGUCAGAAUGAUCGUCGAUUGUGGAUACUCGAAACCGCUCGCAGCGCUUUGACAGGCUGCUACUCUUCUGCGAACCUGGCCCGGGGUCUCUUGCAGACCGGGACGGAGAUUAUUCUCUACCGCGGCCACGAUCUACCCGAUCUCAUGACCAUCUCGGGUAAGGAUUCACUCUGGCACCAUGCGCAGUACCCGCCAUCCUAUCUGCAUUCCCAGUGGCCCAUUCGCUCCAGCGUCGUCUCGCAGGACGGGAGGUACGUAGCCAUUGCUGGCCGGCGUGGACUUGCACACUAUAGCGUGAACAGCGGCCGCUGGCGAGUGUUUGAGGACCCCAAGAUUGAGAAUUCGUUUGCCGUCAGAGGCGGCAUGUGCUGGUACGGACACAUUUUGAUUGCUGCCAUCGACAACGAUGGAUCUUAUGAGCUUCGGCUCUACUCCCGAGAGAGUCCCUUGAACAACCACACGAUAUUGCAUAUAGAAUACCUUCCUUCGCCUGUUGUCUUCAUUGGACCAUCGGGCGAAGACUCCCUUCUUGUCUAUACCUAUGAUAAUAUCCUCUACCAUUAUAUCAUCAACUCUGCACACUCCCGAAUAACGCUAGUCCCGGUUGGUCAGAUUGCUUUUCAUGGCAUCGUGCGGGCACCGACCCGCGUGCGAGCGAUCAGCUGGAUCUUGCCUGAGGAUCAGAUGCGUAAUGGCGAUCCAUCACAGGAUGUCAAGGUUGCAUCAGUGCUCUUGUUGGUCGACGGCAACUUGGUUCUGCUGCAGCCAUCGACGUCGGAGACUGGAGAGCUAAAGUACGACAUGCGUGUGGUAUCGCACGAAGUCGAGUACUACAUUCUGAUGAGGGACCAGUUGUCCUUCAACUUUGCGCCAUCGGUGGACGAGUCAGUCCCAGCUAGUCCAGCAGCAGAGAUGGCAUUGAACAUGUAUCACAGUAACCUGUCGCUACGGGACUCGCUGUGGACGUUCUGCGGGAAAGAACUCCUUUCAUGGAGCGAUGUGCAGGAUGUGCUGCACCGGGAAGACGUAGCGAAACCGCUCGAGGUACCGCUAGACUUUUACCCUCUGUCAGUUCUACUGAAUAAGGGCAUCGUGCUGGGAGUGGAGGCAGAAAUGACCCAGCGCCGCGAUGUCACGUUCUCCGUGCUGAAAUUUGCCAUCCGAACACACCUAUUCCUUCCAUACUUCCUCCAACAUAGCCUGACACAUGGCGACAUGCCAGCAGCACUGUCGUUAUGUCAGCAUUUCUCCCACCUCUCCUACUUUCCACACGCCCUAGAAGUCCUGCUGCACCACGUCCUCGACGACGAGGUCGACAACGCCAGCAAGGACAGCAAGACCGACGACCCAUCACAGAAACACAGCCCCCUCCUCCCGACGGUCAUAUCGUUCCUCCAAGCAUCCCUACCCGCCACCGUAUACCUAGACAUUGUCGUACAGUGCACGCGGAAAACAGAACUUCGAUCCUGGCGCACCCUGUUUACGUACCUUCCUCCCCCGAAGGAUCUGUUCGAGCAGGCACUCAAGCUCAACUCGCUCAAAACAGCAGUAGGCUAUCUCCUAGUGCUGCAGGCAUUCGAGGACGAAGACGACGACCACGACUCGCCUAUCGAGGACUAUGUCGUCCGUCUGAUGUACCUCGCAUCGCGGAAGAACGACUGGGAGCUGUGUGCAGAGCUGGCUCGGUUUUUGAUAGCACUCGACGGAUCAGGCGAUAUGCUGCAACGGGCCGUGACGCGCGCGGGAUUGAGAGAUGGUAAUCUCCCAGGGACGGGGCUGAACGGAUCAGGAACGAGCGUGAAGGGGCUAGGACUGGCGAUCCGCACGCCAUCAUGGUCAUCACUAUCACCGACAUCAUUGUCCCCGCGACCUGAAUCAGACCGCCAUGCCUAACCUUAUACAAGUGUACAUAAUACCACAUACAAGAAACAGCAACAGAACAGAAGAC